UAUAAACUAGGUUUAAUUGUCUUUUAGUUCUUUGAAUUUGUUUUUAACAAUUCCUGAAACCAUUAAAAGAGAGAAAUGUCGUUAACAUUGCAUUUGAAUUACGCGAGUCCUUUCUGUCGGACAGUUGUGUUUGUGACCAAACAACUGGACAUUCAAUUUCGGGAAGUGGUCAUCGAUUUGGUCGCAAAACAACAACUCAAACCGGAAUUUCUUAAACUCAAUCCCCGCCAUUUAGUGCCGGUUUUGGUGGACGAGUCCAACGGUCUGGUCAUCAGUGAGUCGCGAGCCAUUGUGCGCUAUCUGUGCAACAAAUACGCGGCCGACUCUCCUCUCUAUCCGAGAAAUCCGGUCAUUAGAGCGCUCGUCGACGAAGUGUUGGACUUUGAUUUGGGAACUCUCGCGCCGGCACUCAAAGCCAUUCGAGCAACGAAAUUCUUUGGCGGCGGAACUCCUACUGACCAACAGUUGAAGACAUUGAACGACAACCUGCGGGUGUUGGACGAGAAGGUGGCCAAAAACGGCGGUUACGCGGCCACCGGUCACUUGACAAUUGCCGACCUCUCGAUCGCCACUCAGUUGCUGACCGUAGAAGAGGACGAUUUGAAAGACUUCCCAAACGUGAAGCACUGGUAUAGCGAGACAUUGGCCAAAGAGUUGGGAACUGUUUAUCGGGAAAUCAACGGUAAAGGCUCUGAAGCCGUCAAACAACGUUUGGACAGAAUUAGAGGCAAAUAAAACUAUAAAUUUUAAUGAAUUUAUGCUCAAGUUAUUCAUUAAUGAAAUUCUUGUCAUUAUUUGCUGUAAAUUCUUGAUUUGAAUAAAAUUUGUGGUAAAUUAAUGAUCGAUUGUUCAGCAAUUAAAUUCCUUGUUUGUUUG